UGUCUCCGUAAAGUCAUCUAUCCGACUGCAUACGCACGCACACGAACACGCACCCGUUGCACACACAACACCAGCAACCCGGGAGACUCUAAGGAAUCCAAGAUACCAGCACCAGGCUGGUAUCUUCUCCUUGAGUACUUGUUGGCAAACGCUGCCGCGAUAGCGUCAGUCAUGGUUCUCCGAGGGAGCCUUGCGUGUGCCCUGGUUCUCCUUGGCAUCGUCGAUGGAUUCAUCGCGCCUGCUUUCAUUCCGCCAGCGACAGCGGGGGCACGGGUCAAGUUACCAGUGGCAAGCUCAGCACCAACAGCAACCAUAGCGGGAGCGGCGCCGAGGGCUCCGUUGGUCGACAGGAGAAGCAGAGCUCUUACAAUGACUGCCAACAAGGCACCGGACCAGACCGUCAUCGCCAACGCCGUGCCCUUAACCUUCGCCGCGGGGUGCUCGGCCGUCGCCAGCGCGGUUGCCGAGAUAAGCCCACACGCCGCCGCGUUUGUUCAGCUCGUGUGCCUAUCGAUUUGGCUCGGAAUGAGUGUCUACGCCACCUUCAUCUGGCCGGUCAUCACAGGCUUAAACAUGCGGGACUCGUCCGAGUUCGCAUCUUUGCUCGGGAAGCUGGGACCAUCUUACCUUCAGCUAUCCGUGGCGAUGAUCAUGAGCCUGGGAACGUCGAGUCUCGUGAUUGGACACGCAAACACAACGCAACUUGUUAUCCUCGGGAUAGCCCUCGGCAUCACCCUGUACAACGCCAUCGUCCUGGAGCCGUCGGCAGUAGAGGCUCUUGAGGAGGAGCAGGCGAUAGAAAUUAAAUUGCGAGGGCCGAAUAAGCAGAAGAUCGCAGCACAAGAAGACCUUCCCAAGAUGAACGCAAACUUAGCGAACUUCCUAGGCGCGGAGGUGUUGCUGGACUUCUUGUGCAUUCUGUGCGCGGUCUGCUACGCUUGGGACCUAGCCUCCUCCAUCACCUUUGCUUGAUGCUUCGGUCUACCGAUCGAUGUUCAUUGGCUGCUUGUUCGAGCAGUAUUUACCUGUUGCGUGGUUGCCGUCCAAUGUUCGGACUGGUCCCUGGAUAAGCACGUAUUCGCCGGGGGACCAUGAUGCACAGCGGUGGUAGGACGACGUUUCGUGAAAUUUAUCCCCAUCCUCGACAUGAAGUCAUGCGCAAAGCGUGAAUAUGUGCCGUAUGUAUGCUAUUGCGGGGGGCGGUGAAAAGAAUACUGUGGAUGGUGGGGGCUUGGCGUACUCCAGACUAUCGAGAGGUAAGCCCAUUUUGUCAUCUUGAGAGCACCGUUUGCGCCAGUCAGCACCUCGAGACGAAACCAACACGGCGGGAGUCGUGGGUAUGGCAAUGUUUUGUCCUCGAUGAGGUGGAAUAAUGGAAUAAUGUGGAUGAAUCUUGUGCGGGAGAUCCACAACGGCGGUGGGACUCGGCGGGUUCGGUGUCGGCGUUUCAUUGCGAUGACGACGUGCACAUAUUUGUUAAUUUGCAAACUUAUGGUGACAUGUCUGGUUUAGAGCGGAAAUCGUUUGCUUGCGCCCCGUUCGUAUAGCAGCAGAGGGCAUAACGUGUUAUUUCUUGCGUUCAGGUCAUUUCUCUCUGUGUCCCAUAGUGAAACAAAUGUGCUUCCAACGCAUGCAGAAUGAUCCUGACCGUGGUGGGACAUUGCCCGAAGCACCUGAGAAACCAAUUUUUGGUGUUGCGGACAAUCUCCGACCAUCCUGUUGUUGUUUUUUUGUCGUCCACCAGUGGAGGGCUGGCUUUGCCGUUCCCGGCUUGGCGUUACAAUAGUGGGUACACGAAGGCAUGGCGGCCGAGGUUCACUUGUGCGAUACGGUAUUGGCUUGUUUGGGUGGAAGAGGGGCAGGCAGGUUCUGCGUUGUCGGUGAGCCUGGGAUACUUGGACUUGUUAGACCGCAUGUGAGUGAAAAAGAACCAUUUCCGAUACUCUUGAACGUAACAUGUUCAGUUUUGGUCAAUGCUCUACCAAAUUUCGUGAGUGUACAAAAUGGGGUAAACUCGACACGGCGCUGUAUUUGCUGACUGCAGGGAGCCGGACUGGGACGCGGCCUACGUCCUGCCAAGUGGUCGCUCUUCCGGCGAGAGCUCACUCUGUGUCGCGCUAUGGGAAAGGUUUUCCUCCGUAGCAUGGAGAAAAAAGUGACGUCCAUAUGGAAGAUUACAUCGUAGACCAAUGUACGGAUGGCACGAACACCAACGUCACGCGCAAUCGUAUCUAUCAUACGAACACUCCAAUGUAGUGAGAAGAAGGAACAACAAUUCAACAUGCAACGAACGUGUGACCGUGACCGCGCGAUUGCCGUCUCCACAUGCCUCCCGCCCCUAUCCCCUGCCCCCA